AUGAUUAUAAGACAGCUACGCUUUGGCUCAAUACCAAUGGCCGGUUCCCGCGCUGUCGCAGCAUGCUCUUGCUCACGAUCCCACAUAAUACGGAGCUACUCCCUGCCCCAGUCUCAGCGGCUGAGCGCCAGAAAGGCAUCCACCGCCGCAGGUGAAUCCCAGGCGAGCACGACGAUAAACGUGACGCCGAAACCAAAACGAAAGUCGAGGGGAACUGUCUGGACUGCCCUCGUUGUGGUUGGGUUGGGUUGCGGAUAUGUUUACAUCACAGAUACAAGAGCCGGAGUACAUCAAUGGCUGGUGCCGCCCAUGCUGCGAUGGAUAUAUCCGGAUGCGGAAGAUGCUCACCAUUUUGGAGUCGACAUGCUUAAAUCGCUAUACCGAUAUGGCCUACAUCCGCGUGAGAGAGGGAAUCCCGAUGGAGACGGUAAAUUGGUAACCAAGGUGUUUGGAUAUACAUUGUGCAAUCCAAUUGGCAUCUCUGGCGGCCUUGAUAAAGACGCGGAAAUCCCAUCCCAGCUAUUCGAACUUGGGCCAGCGAUUGUCGAAGUGGGAGGAACUACGCCUCUUCCACAGGCAGGAAAUCCGAGACCGAGAGUGUUCCGUAUACCUUCACAGAACGCGCUGAUCAACCGAUAUGGGCUCAAUUCGAAGGGCGCAGAUAACAUGGCUUUGCUUCUCAGGCAGAGAGUCCGUGAUUUCGCUUACUCGGAAGGCUUUGGCUUGGGAGAUGCUGCUGAGCAACGGGUUCUGGAUGGAGAGGCUGGUGUCCCUCCAGGAAGCUUGACAGAGGGCAAGCUCCUUGCCGUACAAGUGGCCAAGAACAAAACUACCCCUGAUGGUGACAUUGAGGCCAUCAAAAGAGACUAUGUCUACUGUGUCAACCGACUUGCGAAAUACGCUGAUAUACUGGUCGUAAAUGUCUCCAGUCCCAACACCCCAGGACUAAGGGAUCUGCAGCGUGUCGAACCGCUAACAAAGAUCUUGACCGGCGUUGUUCAGGCGGCAAAGCAAGCUGACCGCCAGACUAAGCCGUUUGUGAUGGUAAAAGUCAGCCCGGAUGAGAACUCAGACGAGCAGAUAAGCGGUAUCUGUGAUGCCGUUACCAAGGCCGGAGUCGACGGCAUUAUCGUUGGAAAUACUACUAACAAGAGACCCGAAGCUUUACCCAAGGGCUAUACCAUGUCCAACACGGAGCGAAACACUCUUUUUGAAACAGGUGGGUUUUCCGGGCCACAGCUAAUUGACGGUACAGUGGCGUUGGUUGCAAAAUACCGAGCUGAGCUUGACCAGCGCGGUACCCCUACAGGACCGGCUGUGGAUGAAGAGAGUGUGCCACCGACCGAUCCCACACUCAGCCAACCUCGAAAAGUUAUCUUUGCUUCUGGGGGUAUUACCAACGGAGCACAGGCGCUUGCAGCAAUCAAUGCGGGUGCUGAUGUGGCUAUGCUCUAUACUGGUUUGGUGUAUGGUGGAAGCGGGACUAUCACCAGGAUGAAGGAAGAAAUGCGGGCGGCUAUAAAAUCUACCUAA